AGAAUACGCUGGCUCACCUCAGGAAAGAACCCGGGAAGCAACAGAAGAAAAUGGACAACACCAGAAAUACCACAGUCAAUUUGAUAAUGAUUACAGGCAAAGGCUGGAUGCUGAUCAAGACGAGGCCAAAUUACAGCCAUGGACUGGGCAAAAGCCAAUACCGAAAGUGAAAGAGCCAUCGCCAAUAAGGCUGAUGAAGGUCAAACAUCGUCAGUAUCAGAAGCGGAGAUUCAAAGUCACGAAGAGAACAUAAGUAGAAAUGGGACGACAUUGAACGACACCGUGACAUUUGCAGACGCCGAGGAACUACGUAGAAUUUUACAGAAAUAUCUCCAGGGAUUUCAAGGUGUCUUUCAAAAAACAAUUGCUGAUUUCAUAUGGAUUAUGGGGCAAGAAAAUGUAAUAACCUCGGAUGAAUGCCAGAUAUUUCUGCAGGAGCUACUUGCAAAGAAUGAUCCUCGCCAAUCCCUCUUUGACAUUAUCAGUGAAAGUGACGAUAAAAAAGUACGACAAGUUUGGAAAAGACUUCUGAAAUUUCAGAAUAUAGAUCCAGAUCUAAGGAAAAUACUGAAUGAAAUUUUACGAACAGAGCUUAAAGAAAAUGUUGACUCAUCUCAGGAAAAUACACGGGAAGCAUCAAAAGAAAAUGAGCAACAUCAGGAAGACCGCAGUCAAUCUGAUAAUGAUUGCAAGCAAAAGUUGGAUGCUGAUCAAGACGAGGCCAAAUCUCAGCCAUGGACUGGGCAACAGCCUGUUACCGGAAGUGAAAGAGCCAUCGCCAAUAACGCUAAUGAAGUUCAACCAUCGUCAAUAUCAGAAGCGGGAAUGCAAAGCCACGAAGAAAACAUCGGUGGAAAUGAUUUUAAAGAAAACGCUGGCUUGCCUCAGGAAAUUACCCUGGAAGCAUCGAAAGAAAAUGAACAAAAACAGGAAGACCACAGUCAACCUGAUAAUGAUUCCAAGCAUAAACUGGAUGCUGAUCAAGACCAACCGAAUUCUGAGACAUGGACUGAACAAUGGGCUGCUACCGAAAGUAAAAAAUACAUCGCCAAUAAAGCUGAUGAAGUUCAUUCAUCGUCAACAGCAGGAGCGGAGGAGAUGCAAAUCCCCGAAGAGAACAUAGUUGGAUGCGAUUUUAAAGAAAACGCUGGCUUGCCCCACGAAAUUACCCAGGAAGCAUCGAAAGAAAAUGAACAACAACAGGAAGACCGCAAUCAACCGGAUAAUGAUUCCAAGCAUAAACUGGAUGCUGAUCAAGACCAACCGAAUUCUGAGACAUGGACUGAACAAUGGCCUGCUACCGAAAGUGAAAAAUACAUCGCCAAUAAAGCUGAUGAAGUUCAUUCAUCGCCAACAGCAGGAGCGAAGAUGCAAAUCCCCGAAGAGAACAUAGUCGGAUGCGGUAAAACGUUCUGUUACAAUAUGUUGCAAAAAACAGAGUGUAAAGAAUACGAUGGCUCGCAUCAAGAAAAUAACCAGGAAACGUCGAAAGAAAAUGACGAGCACCAGGAAGACCGCAUUCCAUCUGAUAAUAAUUCCAAGCAGAAGUUGGAUGCUGAUCAAGAUCAGCCCAUUUCUCAGCCAUGGACUGGGCAACAGCCUGCUACCGAAUGCGAAGAAACCAUCGCCAAUAAAGUUGAUGAAGUUCAAACACUGUCAACACCAGGAAAGGAGAUGCAAAGUCCUGGAGAGAACAAUGUUAGAAACGAGUUUAAAGAAGACGAUGACUUAGCUCAAGAAAUUACACUGGAUUCAUCAGAACAAAGGGAAGAACACCAGGAAGACCGCAAUCAAUCUGAUAAUGAUUCCAAACAAAAGCUGGAUGCUGAUCAAGACCAGGACAUAUCCCUGCCAUGGACCGGGCAAAAGCCUGAAACGGAAAGUGAAAGAGCCAUCGCCAAUAAAGCUAAUGAAGUUGAAUCAUCGCCGAUAUCAGACGCGGAGAAGCAGAGUCCCGAAGAGAACAUAAGUGGAAAUGAUUUUAAAGAAAACGCUGGCUUGCCCCACGAAAUUACCCGGGAAGCAUCGAAAGAAAAUGAACAACAGGAAGACCGCAAUCAACCUGAUAAUGAUUCCAAGCAUAAACUGGAUGCUGAUCAAGGUCAGUCGAAUUCUGUGACAUGGACUGGGCAACGGCCUGCUACCAAAAGUGAAAACUACAUCGCCAAUAAAGCUGAUGAAGUUCAUUCAUCGCCAACAGCAGGAGCGAAGAUGCAAAUCCCCGAAGAGAACAUAGUCGGAUGCGAGUGUAAAGAAUACGAUGGCUCGCCUCCAGAAAAUAGCCAGGAAAUAUGGAAAGAAAAUGAUCAACAUCAGGAAGGGCGCAUUCGAUCUGAUAAUAAUUCCAAUCAGAAGGUGGAUGCUGAUCAGGGCCACCCAUUUCUCAGUCAUGGACUGGGCAACAGCCUGCUACCGAAUACGAAGAAGCCAUCGCCAAUAAAGUUGUUGAAGUUCAAACACUGUCAACACCAGGAAAGGAGAUGCAAAGUCCUGGAGAGAACAGUGUUGGAAACGAGUUUAAAGAAUAUGCUGGUUCGUGUCAAGAAACUAUCCAUGAAGAUUCAAAAGGUAAUGAACAACACGAGGAAGACCGCAGUCAAUCUGAUAAUGAUUCCAAGCAAAAGCUGGAUGCUGAUCAAGACCAGCCCAAAUCACAGCCAUGGACUGAGCAUCAGCCUGCUACAGAAAGUGAAAAAGACAUCGCCAAUAAAUCUGAUAUAGUUCAAUCAUCGUCAACACCAGGAACCGAGAUGCAAAGCCCCAAAGAAAGCAUAGUCGGAAGUGAGUUUAAAGAAUACGCUGGCUCACCUCAAGAAAUUAUCCAUGAGGCAUUAAAUAAAAAUGAACACCACCAAGCAGACGGCAGUCAAUCUGCUAUUUGCUUCAAGCAAAAGCUGGAUGCUGAUCAAGACCAGCCCAAAUCA